AUGACUGUGAUCGAGGACAUUUUCUUGAAAAAACAGUUUGAGAUGCUUGGUGACUAUGGAUCCCUUAACAAUUAUGCGAUUUUGGUGUUCGAUUCUAUGGCGAAUUCCGGCAUGCCUGACGAAGCCAAAGAGCUCUUUAAGCCUCGCUCUGAGUUGGCCGUGCUGCCUGAUGUGGCUGUCUUCACCAUUGUCAUUCGAUGCUAUGCCUAUGCUGGAAAGACCAAGGCUGCUCUCAGGGUGUACCACCACAUGUUAGCCAGUGGUGUCGCCCCCGCCUCGGUUACUUACUCUAUACUCAUCACGGCACUUGCAAAAGACUCACCUUCUGAUGUCACUUUCGUUGGGUAUGCCAAGAAGUACUUUUUGGAAAUGUUGGAUAAGGGAAUGAAGCCCCAUUCUGCCUCCUACACGACUGUGUUCGACGCCAUUGCCUGCCGGGAGUCAGUGGAGAAGGCCAGGGAGUUCCUUGAGCAGAUACAAGCAAAGGGGUUUGUCCCUGAGUCCAAAAAUUUUCAGUUUGAAGAAACCCACCUUGCAGAAGCAAUGAAGGGAAUGAAGAUGUAUGAUGAUCUUGUCAACAAUACCACCGACAAGAAUGUGCAAAAAGUAUUCCGCACGUGGCGCACCAAGCCGGGUUGCCUCUACAAAAAUUCGUUGAAGAUGUACAAGGCUUUGAUUGAGGAUGGCAGUGCAGACCAGGCCAUGGAGCUUUAUAAGCGCGUUGUUGAGAUGGGUAUACAGCCCAUGGUUGUAGUCCACACCUCCGUUAUUGAAGCCUAUCUCAAGUUUGGCAAGACCAAGGGUGCUCUGGGGGCGUACUAG